AUGAAGUCGCCACGGCCAACACGCCCCAUCUUCGCCGUGGAGGACAUGAUUGACCCGUGUGUUGAGGAGCAAGCCUCAACGUCUACUCAGACGUUCAACUGCUCCGAAUCGUCAAAUGCGUCGGCUACUCCAAGCGAUGCACCCGAGGACCUUAGUGUGAAUUCCUCCAAGGACCACGAGCCUCUCAAACUAGGGUCCACCUCGCUUAUUGACGAACCUAAACCCGAGCCACCGCCUGAUCAAACGGCAGGCGAUGAUGCGAAAGCACUACCACGUUUACUUUUUUUCAACCUUUUUAGCCAACUGUUGAACUCCGGCUUACUCCCUCCAAGUCCCACUCCAAGCGUUCAAAACGGAGCCACGUCCCAGGUUCAACGUAGGGGAUCCCAAAGAGAAAAAAGAAGCGAUACGUGUGAAUUUUGUGGCAAGGUCUUUAAAAAUUGCUCAAACCUAACUGUGCAUCGACGCAGCCACACGGGCGAUAAGCCAUACAAAUGUGCCUUAUGUCCUUACGCCUGUGCUCAAUCCUCGAAACUGACUCGACAUAUGAAUACCCAUAAAAAAAAGGGGAAGUCAAGCCUCUACUGUAGGUACUGCUUCACACCCUUUAUUGUUGCCUCGACGCUGGAGAAGCACAAGAGAAGGUGUUCUCUUAAACGGAAACACAGCGACCUACUAAACUUAAGCAGAUCCCGCAGGACGCAUUUGAAGCUCCUACGAGGUACAGAAACCAGAUCAUGA